GCCUCUGGUGUCAAACUAGUGACUCAGAAUUGGUUGUGUGUUAUUUUUCUUAUUUCCAAGAGCACCGACUACAGAAACUUCCGAAAAUGAAGUAUGUAGGUGGUAGGUGGUUGACAAUUUGUGAGAACUCAAGGGGAAACGGUUUGUCUGCUGAGUUCUGUCUGCCUCCUGCUUCCGUCUUCUCACAACUCACUUGAUUUUUUCUAUCCAGGAGAAGUCCCUAAUCCUCUCUGUCUGUCUAUUUCUCACUCCAUCGCUAUCCUCAGGCAAUGGUUGGCUUCUUUUUAUUAGGAACCUUUAUUUUGUACUGUGUGGGACAGAUCCAAAUUCAAGGGAUCCCCCAAAUAUGUGUGUCCCAGCCCUCAUGUUCAGCCUGCCUGAGGAGCCCUGGAUGUGCUUGGUGCAAACACAAGGACUUCCUGAAGUCUGGGGAGUCCACUGAGCGGAGGUGUGACACUGCUGAGUCUCUGAGGACCAGAGGCUGUGAGCAGACAGACAUCAUCAACCCCCAAUCAGAACUGGUCUUCCUAAAGAACAAUGAGCUCAGCAGCGACCCAGACAAUGUGGUCCAGCUUAAGCCACAAAACCUCCUCUUCAAACUCAGAGUCGGAGUCCCUCAGACCUUCAGUGUGUCAUUCAAGAGAGCCGAGGGCUACCCCAUAGACCUGUACUACCUAAUGGACCUGUCCUUCUCCAUGAGGGACGACCUGGACACCAUCAAGAAUCUGGGCCAGGAAAUCCUCUCUACGCUAAAAAACGUCACCAAUAAGGUCCGCAUAGGCUUUGGCUCGUUUGUGGACAAGGUGGCUCUGCCGUAUGUCAGCCAGGUUAAGGACAAGAAGAACAACCCCUGUCCCAGCCGCCUGUACACCUGUCAACCUGCCUUCAGCUUCCAGAACAUUCUGGGACUAACCCAAGACGUGGCCGAGUUCAAGACCAGGGUCAGCAACCAGAUCAUCUCUGGAAACCUGGACUCCCCCGAGUCUGGCUUUGACGCCAUCAUGCAGGCAGCUGUCUGCCAGGGUGUGAUUGGUUGGAACAAUGUCACUCGGAUCCUGGUUUACACGUCAGAUGACACCUUCCACAUUGCCGGGGACGGCAGGCUGGCUGGGAUAUUCGAACCUAAUGAUGGGAAGUGUCAUCUCAAUGGCAGCGGCUUCUACGAUGGCACUAAAUAUGACUACCCAUCGGUUGGCCAGCUCGCCAGGGUCCUGGCAGCCAAUAACAUCCAGCUCAUCUUUGCUGUCACCGAGGACAGUGUUGCUGCCUACAAGGCAUUGAGUAAGCUAAUCCCUCAGUCAGUGCUGGGAGUCCUGAAGAACGACUCCAGCAACGUGGUCCAGCUCAUCUUAGAGGCCUACAGUAACCUGUCCUCCACUAUCUUAUUGGAGCACCAUGGAGCCCCCUCAGGUCUGGACGUGACCUACAGAUCCCACUGCACCCCUGCAGAAGGGGACAACACCCCGUGGCAGAGGAGGGGCGAGUGCAUGAACGUCAAGCUCAACCAGCAGGUUGACUUCACAGUGAGUCUGAAUAUUUCAAUGUCUGAAGGAGAAUGUCUGAAGGAGAAGAAGCAGUUUGUCCUCAAACUGCAGGGCAUCAGCGAGACCCUGAAGGUCUCCGUGGAAACCCUGUGUGACUGUGACUGCCAUGACAGAGAACAGCAGUCCACACACUGCAAUGAAAAGGGAACGCUCAACUGCGGAAUCUGCAGCUGUGACGAGGAUCACCUGGGUCAAAGGUGUGAGUGUGAGCAGCCUAAGGACAUGAUCUCUGCCGACUCUAUGGACACAACAUGUCGCCAAGACAGCUCCCCGCUGCUAUGUAGCGGGCACGGGGGCUGUGAGUGUGGCAUAUGUGUGUGCCAGGGCACCCACCGUGGUGAUUUCUGCCAAUGUGAUGACAACAGCUGUGACCGCCACAACAACAUGCUCUGCAGUGGUAAUGGGCAGUGUGACUGUGGAACAUGUAAGUGUAAUGCCAAUUACACAGGCUCUGCGUGUGACUGUUCCACCCUCACCGACCAGUGCAGGACUGCUGGGAAGCUGUGCAAUGGCCAGGGAACAUGCCAGUGUAACCAGUGCCAGUGCAACAAUGACUUCUUUGGCAUGAGCUGCUCAAAGAUUGCUAAUGCAUGCGCAAAAUUCCUGGCCUGUGUGACGUGUGAAUUGGCCAAUAAGGAAAGUGACGGACUAAAGAGUAACUGUAGCCGACCAUGUGGCUCAGUCAAGCCCACUUGGGUUGAGGGACCCCAGGAGUUCCCCUGCAGAGAAGACACCACCUCCUACAAAGUGGAGCUGUUCCCUGACGGCAACAUCCUGGUCCUCUACGCAGAUCUGCCCCGCUCUGUUGACAAGACUUAUGUGAUCAUUGGCAGCUCGGUGUCCAGCAUCAUCUUCAUUGGGAUCGCAGUGAUCCUCAUCAGCUGGCUGAUGCUGGAGUUCCACUACCGGAGAGAGUACGCCAGCUUCCUCAAAGCAACGGAGACUGUAGUCUGGAAAAAUAUCGAAAAUCCUUUGUUCCAGGACGCCACAACCAUAGUUAUAAACCCCAUACACAUUCAAGAGGACUGAUCCAAACCCAUUCAACUCUGAAGCCGACCAACACUUUACUUCAGGAAAAUCUGUUACAUACAGUAAUAAGCGAAAGUGGGACCAUAUACUGAUCCUAACUUCUAGAAGAGGAACUGCUUGUUCCUUUAUCCACUUUAAUUGGAAAAAUUCAAUGAGCCGAUUUGUAUAAUAAAUAUAAAUUUGAAGGACUAAAAUUAUAAAAUAUUAGAAUAUUGAAUCUCCCUAAAGGCUUAAGUCAUAUAAAAGUUAUACUUAAAUCGGAACUGGUUCUCUAGCAGAUUAGUAAGAAUGGCUCACCCCUUGUUCAAAAAUGGCCUUUUUCCCUUUGUCCAUAUUAUAACCUCUCAGUUUCGGUUAUUUUAAAAUUAAAACCUCUCCAAAAUAUCCCUAUUUUUGAAACAAGCCAUAGAAAGAUGGUUACAAUUUCAGUUUAAUUUUUCCUACCGAACCACAUGACCUUUGGAGGUGUUCAGAACCAGGUUAAGGGCAGAGAAAGCUUGUUGGACACUAAGGAAGCUUUGUUGUAGAGCUUUUAACACAUAAUCCAAGGAGGGGCCAGUUUAGAAUAAGACUGCUUCCUACUGCUUGACCUAUGUUGUUGAUGUAAAUUGUAUAUGGAGAAUACAACCAUCCCAGCUCUACAGAUUUUGCUGCGAAGAGACAGAAUCAUUAGAUACGUUGUUUUGGUACUGCUCAUAUGUAUGUAGCUUGUUUUUGGUUACAAGUUCAGGAAUGGCUGAAAAAUCACACCAUUUACCUAGAACUUACUCUGAAAAUAGCACUGCUGGCUGACUUGAAAAGCCAUAGUCAAUCAAUCAAUAAUAUAAUAAUACUAAUUUUAAUCUUUAAUUUACCAUCUGUAGAAACCAAUGGCGGUCGGUGCCGUUUAAGAUUAGGGAGGACAAUAUUUUUUUAUGAGCAUGGUCUUAUUUCUAUUUAAGCAAUAAGGAAUGGGGGGGUAUAUGCCUUGCAAGUGUUCAUCACUCCCUGAGGUUUUGGUUAAAUUUGUAAUUUAAAUUGAUUUUUUUUAUUUAUUGUUUUUUUUAUAUAUAUAUAUUUUACCUUUAUUUAACUAGGCAAGUCAGUUAAGAACUAAUUCUUAUUUUCAAUGACGGCCUAGGAACAGUGGGUUAACUGCCUGUUCAGGGGCAGAACGACAGAUUUGUACCUUGUCAGCUCAGGGGUUUGAACUUGCAACCUUCCAGUUACUAGUCCAACGCUCUAACCACUAGGCUACCCUGCCGCCCCAAUGUAAUGGACAUACACAAAAUUGUCCAAAUUUGUUUAAGUGAAAUGAAAAAAAUUACUUGUUUCAAAAAAAUUAACAACUGAAAAGUGUUGCGUGCAAAAGCAUUCACCCCCUUUACUAUGAAGCCCCUACAUAAGAUCUGGUGCAACCAAUUACCUUCAGAAUUCACAUAAUUAGUUAAAUAAAGUCCAUCUGUGUGCAAUCUAAGUGUCACAUGAUCUGUCACAUGAUCUCAGUGUAUAUAUAUAUAUAUAUAUAUACACCUGUUCUGAAAGGCCCCUUAGUCUGCAACACCACUGCGCACCGGGCACCACCAAGCAAGCGGCACCAUGAAGACCAAGGAGCUCUCCAAACAGGUCAGGGACAAAGUUGUGGAGAAGUACAGAUCAGGGUUGGGUUAUAAAAUAAUAUACGUAACUUUGAACAUCCUAUGGAGCACCAUUAAAUCCAUUAGUAAAAAAUGGAAAGAAUAUGGAAUCACAACAAACCUGCCAAGAAAGGGCCGCCCACCAAAAUUCACAGACCAGGCAAGGAGGGGAUUAAUCAGAGAGGCAACAAAAGACCAAAGAUAAUUCUGCUUACCACUUUGUAAAGAAGAAAGACAAGAAAUAAGACAACAAAACAGAAUUUGAGCAUGCUUAACUAUUCACCCCCCAAAGUCAAUAAUUUGUAGAGCCACCUUUUGCAGCAAUUACAGCUGCAAGUCUCUUGGGGUAUGUCUCUAUAAGCUUGGCACAUCUAGCCACUGGGAUUUUUGCCCAUUCUUCAAGGCAAAACUGCUCCAGCUCCUUCAAGUUGGAUGGGUUCUGCUGGUGUACAGCAAUAUUUAAGUCAUACCACAGAUUCUUAAUUGGAUUGAGGUCAGGGCUUUGACUAGGCCAUUCCAAGACAUUUAAAUGUUUCCCCUUAAACCACUCGAGUGUUGCUUUAGCAAUAUGCUUAGAGUCAUUUUCCUGCUGGAAGGUGAACCUCCGUCCCAGUCUCAAAUCUUUGGAAGACAAACCGGUUUAGGCAACUACCUAUCCUUGAAUUGUCCCUAUACCCAUCAUGGCAUUGCUACAACCUAGCCUACGAAUGAAAGUUUACAACAGGACAAGAGAAAAAUGUGAGUAAUCAGGGUGACAGACAGUGACAUAAUCAAUACCGCCUUGUACACUCUUGCCUGCUUCUAGCUGAUCUAGAGUGUAAUUAUUAGUCCAAAAAGUUGCAAACAAAAGUUUCUAUUGGACAAAUCCAAGUAUGUUUAUCCCCAGGUGAAAAAAACUUUCCAAGCCAAACCUUCAUAUCAUAACUGCUAACCACUACACACAUCCUACGUCGUUGUCACCAUAUUAGCUAAUGUCAUAGUCAACAUGGCUACUAGAACUAAUGAUUUAGUAAACACGCUACAAUCAUGCAGUGUAGUGUACAGCAAGCAGUUUAGCAGUUACACUGGGGGGGCCCAGUGGCAAUAAAUUCAUAAAACCGAAAACGUACCUUGCGUUGGAAGAGUUCCCGUGUUGGAUAUCCUGAACCAGCUAGCUAACAUAGCAUCCGUCUCUGUUUGAGCCAGGUGUUUGAAUAGGCUAAAUUAGCUAGCUGCCUUAGCUAACUAAGUAAGUGAAAGUGAAUAAAAUACAACUAAAUAUAAUUCUCUCUCUCUCUCUCUCUCUUGCUUCUCCUUCAUUUUUUGAGAAAUGAAUUAGUUCAAAACUGUUCAGGCUUUGUAUUGAAUUCAAUGUACCCAGAGGAGGACGGACACUAGCUAUAAAAUGUACCAUGUCCGUCAAAUGUUUAUAGUAUGUUUAAGCUGGAAGUAGAAGUCUAAGUAUUGUUAUCCAUUAGUUUAUUCCAAUUAGGGGUGUGGUGGUAGGGUUAGGGGAGAAUAAUACAUAAGGGAUUUUUAUUUAUUUAUUAUUAUGCAGCAAACAUCAGAUACAGCCAGCUCUUUGCAUUCCGGCGGAAGUAAUUCAUUGUCAAUGGAGCAGUCCGCAACGCUAUGUUGGGGGCUGCACUAAGCUGCGGUGAGUUCGGUGUACCGUAUGCUUUCAGUAUUUUAAACACGUGCAUUGCUUUACUGUAUGGCGAUACAAACAGAUGUAGGUCUAAACACACAGACUCCAACUAGUAAUCUUUUAGCUAGUUGAAAAGUGAAGCACUUGUGUCAAGUACGGAAAAACAAAACGAAUAUGCCUCUGGUGGACAUCAGGCUUAGAGGAACAAAUGACAUUGUCAUGAGAACAUUACAAAAUGCUUAGAUAGAUUAAAUGUUCUGAAGCUUGGUAUGAAACCUUGUGAAGUGUCAUUCCUUUCCAGUUUGUGCACAUGGUAUUGCAUUACAUUCAGUUUUUCUUAAUUAAUUAUUUUUGUGUUUUGGUCUGAAUUAAGAAAUAUAGCUAUCAAAUCAUCAAAUCAAAUUUUAUUUGUCACAUACACAUGGUUAGCAGAUGUUAAUGCGAGUGUAGCGAAAUGCUUGUGCUUCUAGUUCCGACAAUGCAGUGAUAACCAACAAGUAAUCUAACUAACAAUUCCAAAACUACUGUCUUAUACACAGUGUAAGGGGAUAAGGAAUAUGUACAUAAGGAUAUAUGAAUGAGUGAUGGUACAGAGCAGCAUACAGUAGAUGGUAUCGAGUACAGUAUAUACAUAUGAGAUGAGUAUGUAGACAAAGUGGCAUAGUUAAAGUGGCUAGUGACAUAAGGAUGCAGUGAUGUGGGAUAAUGUUCUUGUGAGUAUGUUUCUCAAUAUUAUUACAUAAAGUAUUCUCUGUACAGUGUAUUCAUUAUAUAGGCCUAUGUGGCUAUUGUCUGUGUCAUUGAUCAUAUAGUACCGUUUUUAAUAAUAAAUGCCUGGAUUGUA